AUGGCAACUGACGGAAAAAAUGCUGGGACGUCGCCCUACGAUACGUAUCAGACGUCGCUGACGGCGAGAUAUUGCAGCCCGGAGAUGUCACGACUCUUUGGCCAGCGCUCUCGCCACUCACAAUGGCGCAGGCUUUGGCUGCUGCUCGCCGAGUCUGAGAGAGAGCUCGGCAUCCAGACCAUCACGACGGAAGCGCUCGAGCAAAUGAAGCAGCAUCUGGAAGUCACCGACCAAGACUUUGAGGUUGCCAGGGUCGAGGAGAAGAUCCGCCGCCACGACGUCAUGGCUCAUGUACACGCCUUCGGAGCUGUCGCGCCGGCAGCGGCCGGUAUCAUCCACUACGGUGCGACAAGCUGCUUUGUAACCGACAAUGCGGAGCUGAUUCUCAUGCGUGAUGCCAUGGAUCUUCUCCUCCCAAGACUGGCGAAGGUUAUUUCCAACCUUUGCAAACUUGCUAGGGAAUGGAAGGCAACACCAACUCUGGCAUACACGCAUUUGCAGCCAGCUCAACUGAUUACAGUUGGAAAGCGGGCAGCCCAAUGGGCCCAAGAUCUCGUUUUCGACCUUGAGAGUAUCGAGCACGCUCGCAAUGGUCUACUUCUUCGAGGUGCACAAGGAACUACGGGAACUCAAGCUUCGUUCCUCGAGAUUUUUGGCGGUGAUGGUUCCAAGUGUGACGAGUUGAACGCACUAUUGUGCAAGAAGAUCGACUUCCCUGGGUGCUACGACGUGUCGACGCAAACGUACACCCGCAAGGUUGACCUUCUCGUAGCCAACGCCAUCUGCGGCCUGGGUGCUACGGCCCAAAAGAUUGCCGGAGAUGUCCGCCAUCUCGCCUCGUGGCAGGAAGCCGAGGAGCCUUUUGAAACCAAACAGGUGGGGUCAAGUGCCAUGCCCUUCAAAAGAAACCCGAUGCGUUCCGAGAGAGUCUCCAGUCUCGCCCGAGAGCUUUUGUCCAAGCAGGCGACGACUGCAAACACCCUCGCGGCGCAAUGGAUGGAGCGCUCACUGGACGACAGUGCCGUCCGCAGAAUGGACUUGCCCGAGAUUUUCCUCUUGGCCGAUGCCAUCAUUGGCAGCCUGGACAACAUCACCGACGGCAUGGUCAUUUACCCUCAGGUGGUUUCCUCGCGGGUGCAGGAACAACUGCCUUUUAUGUGCGCAGAGAAUAUCAUCAUGAAGCUUUGUGCCAAAGGCGUCUCCAGGCAGGAAGCCCACGAGCAGAUCCGCGUCUUGUCGCACCAAGCUGCCGGUGUCGUGAAGCUCGAGGGUAAGCCCAAUGAUCUUAUCGAUAGAAUCAAGGCCACCGAGUUCUUCCAACCGAUCUGGGCUGAUCUGGACAAUAUGCUGAGACCUGAGCUCUACAUUGGUCGUAGUGUUGAAAUUGUGGACCGUUACUGUGGUCUAGAAGGCGUAGCCGAGCGAAAGAUCCAGAAAUACAGGGCCGUCUUCGAGAAGUCAGCAACGACGGAGCUGAAUGUCUAA